UUACAGUAACAUUGACGAGAAAAGUCGCCCCGGUGAUAUUUUGACUGCAGAACCCACCCAGAAAGCUUUGUAUGUGAGCGAGCAUCGGCGUUGGUUCCCUCCCUUUCACCUGAAGCGUUUAUGAUUUGGAGCUUGACCCCCCUCCCUACUCACUCACCUGCUACACUCACUAUUCCGCGAUUAGUUUAGUUUGGCAGUCGUCGGCGAUGAGGUUUUCCCCCUCCCCUCCCCUCCGUUAAGCAUAAGCAGUGAAGCUCCUCCGACUAAUUUGAACUGAAGUAGUGCCACUGUACGAAUGAAGUAGUGCAAAUCUAAACCCUUAACCCAGAAACUAAUCCUCACUCCCAGUGUAAAGAGUCCAGACUAGAUUCGAACAAAUCAACCCUAUAAUCUGAUCUGAUCUGAUCUUCCUUUUAUACAGAGCAGAGCAGAGCCUCAUUUAGAUCGAUUUGAAUGAGUCACCUUUCGUUUCCAGCUUGAAUUGAACUAACUCCAAUAACAGGUCAGACGGGAAGGAGAAGGAAACAGAGGCAUUGGUUUGGUGGUGGCUGGGCCUGGCGAUAGCAUUAGCAGCACUCACUCACUCACUACUUGGUCUUGUUGCAUUGCAGUAGCUCGCUCGCUCGCUCAAAGAAGGUCAAAUCUUCCUUCAAACACAGACAUGAAUAUAUAUAUAUAUUAUAAUAAUAUUAAUACUGAUUUUCCCAAUGGCAGCAACAAGAAAGAAAGAUGGAUCGAUGUCAAAGAAAGAAUGAGCAACAAGCAAAUACAUUAUUAGUAGUUAAUGAAAAAGAGGGAAAGAGAAACCAACCACCGGGCCGAGAAUUGGCCAUUUGCCAACCAACCAACAACAACGACAACAACACUCAACUCAACCAAGUAGCGCCAAACUAGCCGUCCCCUUCCCCUUCCCCUUCCUGCCGGCCUCUCUCUCUCUCUCUCUCUCUCUUCCUUUGUCUUCUUCUACUCCGCUCCUCCAUUUUCACUUUCCUUCCUUCCUCGCAAGGCAGAAAAGAGAGAGAGCUAUAGCAGUCAGCAAGUCAGCGUUUGUGGCCGCCGGAACUGAAUUCUCGCCGGUCAGCCAACUUCUUCUUCCGCUACUCUCUAGUCUAGUCUAGUCUCCCCCCCACGCCAACUCCAACUCCAACUCCCGAUUCCCUAUGCUUCUCAACUCUUCCCCGCCGGCCGUCCUUUUCCCCUUUCUCGAUCGGUAACCAAUCAAUCAAUAAUACCCAAUACCCCUCCCAAGCAAAGCAAGUCCGAACCAACACACAAUAUGCCGGCUCUCUGCUGCUUUCUGUUUGUGGCUAUGGCAGCUUCCUUCUUCCCCUCCGCCGUCUCGCAGCCCAACGAUUCCCAAUCCCUUCUUUCCCUCAAGCAAUCCAUCUCCGCCGACCAGUCCAACCUCCUCUCCUCCUGGCGCACCGGCUCCUCCGACCACUGCUCCUGGUUCGCCGUCCUCUGCGAUCCACUCUCCCGCCGCGUCGUUUCCUUGAACUUCACCCCUCCCUCCUCCUAUUCCCCACUCGUCGGCCUUCUCCCGGAUUCGAUCGGCGCCCUAACCGCCCUCCGCACCCUCGUCCUCUCCCGCCACCGCUUCUCCGGCCCCAUCCCUUCCUCCAUCUCCAACCUCCGCUCCCUCCGCCUCCUCGACCUCCAUGCCAACAACUUCUCCGGCCAAAUCCCCAACCAGAUUUCCUCCCUCCCCUCCCUCGCCCUUCUCAACCUCUCAUUCAAUUCCUUCUCCGGUCAGAUCCCCUCCCGCUUGAUUGGCGCCGGCUCUUUCGCCGCCAUUGACCUCUCCAACAACCAGCUCAAAGGAGAAAUCCCCAUCGCUCGCCCACUUGAUUGCUCCCGCCUUAUCCACUUGAAGCUCUCCAACAAUUACCUGGAGAAGAUGAUCCCCCCUGAGAUCGGCCAGUGCAGCAACUUGAGGACGCUGUUGCUCGACGGCAACAUCCUCCAAGGCUCCAUCCCGCCAGAGCUUGGUCAGAUCUCGGAGCUCCGAGUCCUUGACCUUUCAACCAACAGCCUCACUGACUCCAUUCCCAAGGAGCUCGGCAACUGCACGAAUCUGGCCGUCCUCGUGCUCACCAACGCCUCCAACUUUGUUGUCGCUGGAGACACUAUCGGCGAUGAUUCGAGGUUAGAGUUCAAUGCUUUCGAGAGGGGAAUCCCUCAUCAAGUGUUGGCGCUCCCCAGUUUGCAGAUUCUGUGGGCACCCAGAGCCAAUUUGGAUGGAACGCUGCCUUCCAAUUGGACUCAAGAUUCCUCCUCCUCCUCCUCCUGUGCCCUUAGAGUCCUCCAAUUAGGACAGAAUGCCUUUACAGGCAUACUCCCACAGGGCCUUGGAGCUUGUAAGAACCUCACUCUGCUGGAUCUCAGUUUCAAUAACUUGACUGGUAAUCUCCCCACGCAGCUCCCAGUCUCAUGCAUGGUGUAUUUCAAUGUCAGUCAAAACCAUUUAUCUGGGAUUCUCCCAACCUUCCCCAAGGGCAAAUGUGAUGAUGCUAACAUGAUUUCCUACGGCAGCAACUUGGGUUUGGAGGAUGUACAGAUUGCAUACUCCAACAUUCCUGUGUGGGGGUCUCAAAUGAAUGCUCUUUUGGGUGGGGAUGAGGGUUUCCUGAUAGUCCAUGACCUCAGUUGGAACCAGCUGGCUGGCUCCUUGCCUGCCUUCUCAAUUGGUGAUGGCUUCUUGGCAGCUAACAAGAAAAUUGCAUACAGGUUGCUUCUCAACAACAACAUGUUCAAUGGGUCUUUUCCUGCUGACGAGCUAGUAUCAAGCUGUGAUGAUCUGUUCAGUUUGUCUGUUAACCUGAGUGCCAAUGUUCUCUCCUGCGAUAUCCAAGAAGUCAAGGUUCUGAAUUGCUCCAAGGUUAGGGAGUUUGAAGCAGCUCAUAAUCAGAUGCUUGGUUCGCUGACUCCUGCCAUUGGCAAUAUGGUCAAGCUUCAGUCUAUCGACCUGAGGGGAAACAGCCUCUCCGGUUCGCUCCCUGAUCAAUUCGGUGAUUUGAAGCUCCUCCAGUUCAUGCUUCUUGGAAGCAACAAUUUCACUGGAGGCAUUCCAUCUCAAUGGGGCCAAAUGUCUUCUCUAGUGACUUUGGAUCUUUCUCAUAAUCUCAUCACAGGAUCAAUCCCUCAAAGUUUAGCAAAUGCGAAACACUUGGAAACUGUGUUGCUUAACAACAAUGGUCUUUCUGGAGAGAUACCCUCAUCAUUUUCCAGCCUUUCAAGUCUGAAGGAUCUAGACGUUUCUUUUAAUAAUCUCUCUGGCCCCAUACCGCCUCUCCUCUACCAGAUUGAUUGCAGCCAGUUCACUGGCAAUGCAUAUUUGGCUAAGUGUUCAGAGCCACUGGCAAGCUCACCUCAGUCAUCAGUAGAUGAAAGCCAAGUAUUGCAGCAUCAAAACAAUAAUCGGGCAUUUAUUAUUGCGUUGGUAACCUCUGUUUCUAUCAUACUGGCUGUCUCAUUGGUUGUGGCUAUAUGGAGGAUGUACCGGAAGCGCAGUUCAAGCCAGCUUUCUGGCUUGAGAGGCAAAGUGGUUGUGACAUUUGCAGAUGCUCCACCUGAGUUGACGUAUGAUAAUGUAUUGAGAGCAACAGGGAACUUCAGUGUCAGGAAUCUGAUCGGCACAGGCGGCUUUGGGGCAACUUACAAAGCAGAAAUAGUUUCUGGUUACUUUGUUGCGGUGAAGAGACUAUCAAUUGGGAGGAUUCAGGGGAGUAAACAGUUUGAUGCGGAGAUUAGAACGUUGGGCAGAAUCAGGCAUAAAAAUUUGGUGACUUUGAUUGGAUACUAUGUGGGGGAAUCUGAAAUGCUGCUGAUUUACAAUUAUCUCUCCGGUGGGAAUCUGGAUACCUUUAUACAUGACAGAUCUGGUGAAAAUGGACAGUGGUCGGUGAUUUACAAGAUAGCACUCGACAUAACACAAGCUCUGACAUACCUUCACUACUCGUGUGUGCCGCGGAUUCUCCAUCGAGACAUCAAACCUAGUAACAUAUUACUGGAUGAGGAGCUUAAUGCUUACCUCUCUGACUUUGGUUUGGCCAGGCUGUUGGAAGUGUCACAGACUCAUGCUACGACAGAUGUUGCAGGCACAUUCGGUUAUGUUGCGCCAGAAUAUGCAACCACGUGCAGGGUUUCCGAUAAGUCGGACGUUUACAGCUUUGGCGUGGUUAUGUUGGAAUUGAUGUCAGGGAAAAAAUCGCUCGAUCCAUCGUUCUCUGAGUAUGGUAAUGGCUUCAACAUUGUGGCGUGGGCCAAGUUGUUGAUCAAGGAGGGACGGUCUUCUGAGCUCUUCUCUGCGGAGCUGUGGGAAACGGGGCCCAAGGAAAACUUACAGGGGAUGCUGAAGCUUGCUUCAGCAUGCACUGUGGAGUCUCUUUCUGUGCGUCCAUCUAUGAAGCAUGUUCUUGAAAAACUGAAACAGUUGAAGUACUGAAAAAAGCAGCACAGGGUCAUUGUGGUAGUGGAAGGUGAAUGGGUCUUCUUGCGGAACUGCCCAUCCGAAUAUUCCUGGACUUAAGGUAAGAUCAUCAUUAAGAACCCAAGUUAGAUUGACACUUUAGUUGUGGCAUUUUUGCUAGGAUGAAAAACUAUAGUGUGAUAGCACAAGUGUAACUAGGAACGGAUAGUAGAUUUUGUUUCAUGCUUUCCCAUAACUUUUUACAAAUCUUAAAGAAGGCAGAAGCUGUAUGUAUGAAGUUCAGAGUGGCAAAGAUUCAACAAAUCCAGAGUGGCUAAGAUUCAGGAAGAGUUGCCAGCAAGUCUUGUUGCUGCGAUUCCUUAUUUCCUAUAUUUAGGUGUGCAUAAUUGAAUAAUUGCUUCUUUUGUGCUGUUACUAAGUUCUUCAUUUGCUUAGAACUUGAUGAAAGCUGUUUUCUGGACGGCCAUGUUCUUUUCCGUAUGUGCUUAGUGAUCUAGUUUCAAGAAACAAACAAAGUAGCUAGGAAUCAAUAAUUGCAGAGAGCUGAUAGAGUGAUAAUUAUUAGACAUGGCUGUGCAAAUCUAUGGCUUAAACGCAUGAUGUAUAGAGGGAUAACUAAUAAACAAGCAAGUCCUACUCUCAGGUUAUAGUCUUUUACCUCUUCUUAUAUGGUCACUAUGAUAUCUUCUUCUUGAAUACCAAAAGAUACCAGAUUAAAUUAAUGGUCAUGAUAAAUGGGCGAUGAAGUUUCUUUACCCUGUCUUGCAGUGUCAAACGGUGCGCUGGCAAACAAAUUAUUUGACGAAAAGAAUGUGAAGAUGGUGGAAAACACUCCUGAAUCUUCCCAGAGUCAUCUCUCAGUGUCAGAAAACCAAGCUUCCCAUAGUCUAAGCCUCCAUAGUCGCCUCUUGAAAUGCUUACCAGUCAAAAACGAAACUGGAUACACAGCAAGAGGCUAAAUGAAAAUCUGCAACCUGGCUCCAUCCCUGCAAGUUGUGGAAGAAAGAUGACAAAAUCAGCCAUCUGCUUGGAAGUUGGCAAUUCGCUGAUAGUCUAUUUUAGAUCCACUGCUACCAACAGUAGAUCUUGUUACUUCCUUUGUAAAUAAAAAAUAAUCUGGACAAAAGAAUGAGAACAAAUUUUCCCUCCUUUGCAAAUCUAUGAAACAACUUUUUGUAGAAGGAAAGAAGAGGGUAAUUUGUUUCUUUCAAUUUUUUAUGGAAGAGAAAGAGGAGGGAAAAUUGAGUUUUUCUAAUGUAUGGAAGGAGAAACAAGGAGGGAAAUUUUAGUAUUUUGUGAAAAUAAAGAAGGAAACAAAUUUGGUGUUUUCAAUUUUUUGGUUUUUCAUAAUUUUAGCUUUUGAAAUAUGAAUCUUUAACUUUUAUAUGGAGGGCAUGACUAGUUAAAAUUAUUCUUAUAUGCUUUGAAGGCUAAUAUGUAUAUAUGUAUGUAAUUGUUUAUGGGCUAAUAAAUGAAUUAACCAUUAGUUACAACAAUUUAUACUAAACUUGAUAAGUAAUCUUUGACGGUUCGUUGUUUAGGAUAUAAAGUAUAUGGUUAGGGUACAUAUGGUUUAGGGUGUAUAUGUUUAGGGUAUAAGAUAUUGAUGGUUUUGACGGUUCUAAGUUUUUUAUUAACAUAUGUUCACUUGAAGUCAUUUGAAGUCUUUAACGGCAGGAGAUCCCUUUUUAAUUUAUGUUUAUGGUACGUGGUCAGGGUACAAGGUAUGUGGUGUAAAGUAUAUGAUAUUAGGGUAUAACAAUUAGCAAAUAUCACUUUUUAUCUAUGUUUUGAAAAUCAAAGUAUGAAUUUCACUUUUAAAUUAAAUAUACUAGCAAAAUCACAACUCAAGGACAUAUGAUUAGGGUAUAGGUUAUGUGGUUAGUGUAUAAUGUAUUGAUGGUUUAGGGUAUACAAUCAAGAACAUAUACUAACUUAAUAUUGUUGAUUGAGGGUAAGGCUAAAUGUAUAGGAUAUAUGCUAUUGAGUAAGUUAUGAUUGAAGUCACAAUAAUUUUACUAAAUUUGAUAGCUAAUCUUUAAUGGUUCAAUUUUUAGGAUAAUUCGAACAAUUUUACAAAUAACUCGUUUGGCAACAGUUUACUGAAGUUAUUUGGGCAAUGAGUUAUUUUGAAAUAACUCCUUUUAUCACUAUGCUUUUGCCAAUUACCACACGCCAAAUACCAGAUUUGCAUGGUUAUACUAAACGAGAUACUUUAAUUCAAUUACUACUGAAUUAAUACUAAAAUAUCAAAUAAACAAUUAACGGUGUCUUUUGGUUGCAAAUAUUGGUAUCACCAUUACUAUUAGCUAUAAUACUUUACCAAUUAUGAUUAAUUACAUAACAAGUUUGCAAGUCAUACAAAUUGAUUAAAAAUUUUGACUUGUUUUUUUCAAAAAAAAUAAAGUAUAUAUAUACGAGGUAGAAAUAAAUUGGUUAAAAAGUUGAGAAAAUAUUUUAAGUUAGUGUAAUAAAAUGUGUAAGUUGGUAAUGAGUUAAGUUACUUGAUGCGCUGGCCCGAACAACCCGAAGCCCGACCCGCCCGACCCAAAACCCGAUGAACCCGCAACCCGAUUUGCCCGCAACCCGAUGAACCCGCAACCCGACUAACCCGCAACCCGUUUGAACCCGAACCCGAUGAACCCGCAACCCGACUAACCCGCAACCCGUUUGAACUCGAACCCGAUUGAACCCAGCCCGAACCCGCCCGAUUGACACCUAUAGUAUUAUCCCUUGAUAACAACAUGAGCCAUUCCCUGAUAACUGCAUGAGCUCUGAUAAUGUUUGUGCCACGUAACUGUGCUCCAUUGCCCCCGCGCCGACUCGUCUCCUUGCACGCAAAGGCGCCCCUCAAAUCUUUCCCAGGACUCGUUAGCACUCCGAAGCCUAAGUUAGUACUCCGUUUCUAGAGAGAGAAGUGAAUAGGGAUUCUAGAGAGAAGGUCUAACCUGAGUAAAUGAGGUUCACCAACCUCGCUAUUUAUACUAGGGGACUGGCCGACCAACAUCCUUCCCUUCCGCCCUCCGUCAGACCUGCAAUUAAUGCGUCAUACACUUAUGUUCCAUGCGCCUCGACCAUCUGACCUUUUGCUCAAAAGACCGAGGCGCAUGACGUCAGCUGGUCCACUCUCCGUACCCUUUCGACUGUUGGGGGUCUUUGUCGCAUGCGCCCGGUGUCAGAAUCCUGGCCCCACCUGCCUGGGAGGUCUCCUUGCCUUACUGGGCUGACCCCCUUCACGCGCUUGGGCCUAUUUGGUUGGGCUUUUCUCCCUGACCUACUAGCUCCCCUCCCUUGGGCCAUGGGGCCUAAUCUCCUUAGGUCCCAGUUAUGCCCCCAAUAAGGCCUGACCUCCUUG